GGCGCCCUGCGAUGGGGACAGGAACAACGGAACGAGGAAGGUCGGUGAUUGGUGGGCUUCUGUGGGUUCUUUUGAUUGGCAGUCGGAGCCAGCAGCGUAAGGUCGUUGGUCCUGCUGCUGGGAGAUCCUGGGAAAGCGAAAUGGAGGGAUUUGUGUCUAACCUGAUGGUCUGCAAUCUGGCCUACAGCGGAAAGCUGCAGGAGUUGAAGGAGGAGAUCCUGGCCGAUAAGUCCCUGGCUACUAGAACUGACCAGGACAGCAGAACUGCAUUGCAUUGGGCGUGCUCAGCCGGACAUACAGAAAUUGUUGAAUUCUUGCUGCAACUUGGAGUGCCAGUGAAUGAUAAAGAUGAUGCCGGUUGGUCUCCUCUUCAUAUUGCUGCUUCUGCUGGCCGGGAUGAGAUUGUAAAAGCCCUUCUGGGAAGAGGUGCUCAAGUGAAUGCUGUCAACCAAAAUGGCUGUACUCCCCUACAUUAUGCAGCUUCCAAAAACAGGCACGAGAUCGCUGUCAUGUUACUGGAAGGUGGGGCUAAUCCAGAUGCUAAGGACCAUUAUGAGGCUACAGCAAUGCACCGGGCGGCAGCCAAGGGUAACUUGAAGAUGAUUCAUAUUCUUCUGUACUACAAAGCAUCCACAAACAUCCAAGACACUGAGGGUAACACUCCUCUACACUUAGCCUGUGAUGAGGAGAGAGUGGAAGAAGCAAAACUGCUGGUGUCCCAUGGAGCAAGCAUUUACAUUGAGAAUAAAGAAGAAAAGACACCCCUACAAGUAGCCAAAGGUGGUCUGGGUUUAACACUCAAGGGAAUGGUGGAAGGUUAAGCAGCUUGAAUUUAUUCUUACUUUGUAUGUUUUGUGGUUGUCCCCAGUGUCCUGGAAACAAAUACACUUUGUGCACAAGAGAAUGAUGAGGUUUUUUUCACCUUCAAAGUCUUAUAAACAUUUUGAUUAUUGUUCCUGCUGAGAUAUUUGUUCUAAGUUUACAAUUUGCUUUCCAGGCAUGGAAUAACUGUUGAAAUUGUUCUACUAUUGUUGCAUAGUCUAUAUUAAUUUUAGUUAAUUUUGAGUAAGUGAUUCUGUGCCUAUGGUGAGACUUCAGCACUCUUUCAUACACCCUCAGUCCCCCUCUAAGACAGAACAACCCCAAUACCCUCAGGCCAGUUGUUCUACCAAAUGUUUUUAGGUAGACUCUAGAAUGUUUCUUCUGCUUCGUUGAAACACUUCCUAACUUGUUUUUUAAGCUCACUCAGAAGCCUAUACCAAAAAUUCCUGUCUUUUCAACAGUACAUUUAAUUUAUUUUUGUUAUAGGAAGAAUACUUAUAUAUUUUAGGGGACCAAAUUUUCAGUUGGCGGGCCUGUUAUUCCAGGUUUGGUAUUCAGAAGCACUAAAAUAAUGAAAAAUGAUAGCCUAUGUACCCAUGUAUCUUUUUAAUGAGCUAUUUCCCUCCAUAAAGUGUGUUUUUUUAAAAAGGAAGUUUUAAAGUACCUACAUUAAGUCAUCCUGUAUUGAAAAGAAUGUAAAACUUAUUAACAUGCUGUGUUACAAAAAUGUACUUUGAUUUGUAUUUCAGAAACUAAAAAAAUAAAAUGUUGAGAGAAUCUCUCAAUUAUUCUUUCAAAUCAGUUAAAUGCCCACUAAAACCUUAAAGUCCUUCAUAAAGACAUUUCUCAGUUUUUGGUAGCGCUAAAGUCAAUAAAAUUAGUGAAGCUUGAACUGAAGCAAAAAUCUUUAAAAACAGUAAUUUUCUGAAUUGCUAAUUAAAUGUGGAGCCAAAGGAAAUUAAUAAGUGUAAACUCGAUCUCAAUUUAUGGAAAUAUUCUUAAAUGAUUACUAGUCAUAAAACUUAAUGACCUCCAAGUGACUCUUCAAGUUAUUUUUUUAAUUUGAAUUUUAUGCUGCAAAUAUUGCUUAAAGUAAGUGAGCCCACAAACUUACAUUAACUUGGGGCCAGAGACUUAAUAACCAGUAGUUAAAAUGAGUUUUGUUAGCAGGAACUGUGUUGUUGAUUUGCAAACCCUUUUUACAUAAAUAUUUCGAGUGCUGAUCUUUACAAAUAUUAAUCAGGAAAGCAUUUUUUUAAUGGAAGUAAACUUUUUUUUUUUUUAAUACCAGAGAUAGAAUUGAUGGUAGGGGCAAUAAUUUCCAAUAUUUUUUAGCAUGGUUAAAGUUGUACCUAAUGCAGCCAGUUAGGACUGAAGGAAUUUACUCUUCAUAAAUACAGUGAAAACUCAGUUCUCGAACGUCUCUCAUCUCAAACAAUUUGAUUCUAGACGAAGUUGUUCAUGGAAAAAAAGGUUUUGGUUGUAGAACAAAACUUCAGUUCUGAACCCAACAACCGUUUCAUGCUGAUACUUGUAUAAUCAGUCACAUGUCUCUCAGGCAAUAAAGAAGAGAAUGCAUGAGUAUGA